AUGUACAGCUUCAAUACUCUUCGACUCUACCUUUGGGAGACCAUUGUAUUCUUCAGCCUUGCUGCUUCUAAGGAGGUUGAUGCCGCUCGCUCAGCGCCCAAGUCCAUGUCUCCCUCGGACUUCCUGGAUAAGCUCAUGGGGAGAACCUCUGGAUAUGAUGCCAGGAUCAGGCCCAAUUUUAAAGGUCCCCCGGUGAAUGUGAGCUGCAACAUUUUCAUCAACAGCUUUGGUUCCAUUGCUGAGACAACUAUGGACUACAGAGUCAACAUCUUCCUGCGGCAGCAGUGGAAUGACCCCCGGCUGGCCUACAACGAAUACCCCGACGACUCCCUGGACCUGGACCCGUCCAUGUUGGACUCCAUCUGGAAACCAGACCUGUUCUUCGCCAACGAGAAGGGGGCCCACUUCCACGAGAUCACCACGGACAACAAGCUGCUCCGGAUCUCCCGCAGCGGGAACGUCCUCUACAGCAUCAGAAUCACCCUGACGCUGGCCUGCCCCAUGGACUUGAAGAAUUUCCCCAUGGACGUCCAGACAUGUAUCAUGCAACUGGAAAGCUUUGGCUAUACCAUGAAUGACCUCAUCUUUGAGUGGCAGGAGCAGGGAGCUGUGCAGGUGGCAGAUGGACUAACUCUACCCCAGUUUAUCCUGAAGGAGGAGAAGGACUUGAGAUACUGCACCAAGCAUUACAACACAGGUAAAUUCACCUGCAUUGAGGCUCGGUUCCACCUGGAGCGACAGAUGGGCUACUACCUGAUCCAGAUGUACAUUCCCAGCCUGCUCAUUGUCAUCCUCUCCUGGAUUUCCUUCUGGAUCAACAUGGAUGCUGCCCCAGCCCGUGUGGGCCUGGGCAUCACCACCGUGCUCACCAUGACCACCCAGAGCUCUGGCUCUCGAGCAUCCCUGCCCAAGGUGUCCUAUGUGAAAGCCAUUGACAUUUGGAUGGCGGUGUGCCUGCUCUUCGUGUUCUCCGCCUUGCUUGAGUAUGCUGCUGUCAACUUCGUGUCUCGGCAGCACAAGGAGCUGCUCCGGUUCAGGAGGAAGCGAAGACACCACAAGAGCCCUAUGAUGAAUCUAUUCCAGGAGGAUGAGGCCGGAGAGGGCCGCUUCAACUUCUCUGCCUAUGGGAUGGGCCCCGCCUGUCUACAGGCCAAGGAUGGCAUCUCGGUCAAAGGCGCCAACAACAACAACACCACCAAUCCCGCUCCUGCGCCGUCCAAGUCCCCGGAGGAGAUGCGGAAACUCUUCAUCCAGAGAGCCAAGAAGAUCGACAAGAUAUCGCGCAUCGGCUUCCCCAUGGCCUUCCUCAUCUUCAACAUGUUCUACUGGAUCAUCUACAAGAUCGUCCGCAGGGAGGACGUCCACAACCAGUGA